CUUGAAUUCCGUAAAGAUUCCCACCGACUCCUUUCUGUUUCAGCUUUGCUGGGUUCUGCGGCGGCUGCUUCGACCUUCUGUUCGGUUCUGUCCCGCCGAGCCUGCCGCCCUUCAGAUUCUUUUUGUCAUUUUGAAGAAACUUUUAGGUGGACUAUGAAAGAUUAUGAUGAACUUCUCAAAUACUAUGAAUUAUAUGAAACUAUUGGGACAGGUGGCUUUGCAAAGGUCAAACUUGCCUGUCAUAUCCUCACUGGAGAAAUGGUAGCUAUAAAAAUCAUGGAUAAAAAUGCACUAGGGAGUGAUUUACCCCGAGUCAAAAUCGAGAUUGAUGCCCUGAAGAAUCUGAGACAUCAGCAUAUAUGUCAGCUCUACCAUGUGCUGGAGACAAAAAACAAAAUAUUCAUGGUUCUUGAGUACUGUCCGGGAGGAGAGCUGUUCGACUACAUCAUCUCCCAGGAUCGCCUGUCGGAAGAGGAGACCCGAGUCGUCUUCCGUCAGAUACUGUCUGCAGUUGCUUACGUGCACAGCCAGGGCUAUGCCCACAGGGACCUCAAACCAGAAAAUUUAUUGUUUGAUGAAUAUCAUAAAUUAAAGCUGAUUGACUUUGGUCUCUGUGCAAAACCCAAGGGCAACAAGGACUACCAUCUACAGACAUGCUGUGGGAGUCUUGCUUAUGCAGCACCUGAACUAAUACAAGGCAAAUCGUAUCUUGGAUCAGAGGCAGAUGUUUGGAGCAUGGGCAUCCUCUUGUAUGUGCUUAUGUGCGGAUUUCUACCGUUUGAUGAUGAUAAUGUCAUGGCUUUGUACAAGAAGAUUAUGAGAGGGAAAUACGAUGUUCCUAAGUGGCUCUCUCCCAGUAGCAUUCUGCUUCUCCAACAGAUGCUGCAGGUGGACCCAAAGAAACGGAUUUCUAUGAAAAAUCUCUUGAACCAUCCCUGGAUCAUGCAAGAUUACAACUGUCCUGUCGAGUGGCAAAGCAAGACGCCUUUGAUUCACCUUGAUGAUGAUUGCAUAACAGAACUUUCUGUACAUCACCGCAACAACAGGCAAACAAUGGAGGAUUUAAUCUCAUUGUGGCAAUAUGAUCACCUCACAGCCACCUACCUUCUGCUUUUAGCCAAGAAGUCUCGAGGGAAGCCAGCUCGUUUACAGCUUCCCUCUUUCUCCUGUGGGACGUCCAGCGCCACUCCAAAGUCAAAGAAUCUGAGCCUGGAAGAUAUGACCACAAGUGCUGAUAGCUGUGUGGCUGGAUUAAAAGACUCUGAACUGUGUGAAGAUAAUUUAUCAGUUCCCCAGACACCACAGGUUACCAAGCAUUGGGCAGAGUCAAAUGAUAAGGCAUCUCAGUCACCAGCUCCUGCAGUAUGCAGAGCAUUGGCAAAUAAAUUAAAGGACAAAGAGAAUGUGUACACUCCCAGGUCUGCUGUGAAGGAUGAAGAGCACUUCGUGUGCCCUGAGCCAAGGACUCCAGUUAGUAAGAACCAGUAUAAGAGAGAAAUGCUCACUUCGCCAAACCGUUACACGACGCCUACAAAAGCUAGAAACCAGUGCCUGAGAGAAGCCCCAGUCAGAACACCAGGGAAUUCCGCAGGGACAGACACAUUAACAACGGGUGUCAUUAGCCCUGAGAGGCGGUGCCGCUCAAUGGACGUGGAUCUCAACCAGGCACAUAUGGAGGAUACCCCUAAGAGGAAAGGAGCCACUGUGUUUGGAAGCCUUGAGAGAGGACUGGAUAAGGUUCUUACUGCACUUACUAGGAGCAAGAAGAGGGGCUCUGCCAAAGAUGGUCCAAGAAGGCGAAAGCUGCACUAUAAUGUGACGACAACCAAACUGCUGAACCCUGACCAGCUCCUGAAUGAAAUAAUGGCCGUGCUGCCCAAGAAGCACGUGGACUUCGUGCAGAAAGGUUACACACUCAAGUGUCAAACGCAGUCUGAUUUUGGCAAAGUGACAAUGCAGUUUGAAUUAGAAGUGUGCCGGCUCCAGAAGCCGGACGUGGUGGGCAUCAGGAGGCAUCGGCUAAAGGGUGAUGCUUGGGUUUACAAGAGAUUGGUGGAAGAUAUCCUGUCUAGCUGCAAGAUGUAA